AUGGCUCGUCAACCGCAACCAGAAGACGGAAGCUCGUCCCGCCAAGUGUCGGCACCGAUCAACAUCGAAUACGGUAACGACCAGCCGUACCGUCACUACUGGAGAGAGGAGCAGUACCGCUGGCAGCAAAGAAUCGAGGACGACGAGGAUUUGGACGAUAUUCAGAGCGAAGACGAGACUGAGGACAACGAGGAGGAGAUGUCGGAGGAUCAGUUGCUGAUGAUGCACAACGGAUUCUCGGGGGCCGUCGUCGAGCCGCCCGCCGAAAAGGAACGCCGCGUUGGUGACGUCACCCAAGAUGCGAUAACAUUGGAGGAAAAAAUCGCCGAGAUGGAUGACGAUAUCUUUGAACAGCUGUUGGCAGAAAACGAGCGCAAGUUGCGGCAACUGAUCAGCUACGUCGAGAACGUCCAUCUCGUACUUAACUGA